CGGCAGGAUAUUGUAGCGUUCUAGUAGUUCCUGUCAAAUUAAGAUUUCCAUGGGAAAUAUAUUUCAUUUUUGACGUGUAGGUAAUCAUAAUGUCUAAUAAUUGAAGAAAACUAUAUAAAAAAAAACUAAAUGUUGUAAAUGAAUCAGUGGGAAAUAAUACUAAUCUAGGAAUGAAUUAUGCUUCUUCCAUAUCCAAGAAUCAUUUGAAGAAGUAUUGCAGUAAUUUUGUAGAUAAUCAGUCAUCGGGGUGCGAUGACAGUCUUUUGAGUUUGGAUUUUUGUUCUAAAGUAUUAGGAAAGCCUUGCUUUAAUUACAAAAACACUGCAAAAAAAAGCGAUAAACGAUUUUUAGUGGAUAUAAAAAAAGAAGUGACAGUAUAUACCUUAAUAGAAGAAACUGCAAACCCAUUUGUUACAGACCGAGAAUCUAAAGAUUCCACAGCAUCGAAAACAGCUACGAAACCAAUUGCUGAAGGAAGUGCUAAUUAUUGUGAGAAGCCAUCUAUGUCUACUCAAUUUGAUGAAGCUUCUGUCAGUCCGGGAUUUAAACAGGCAUCCAUGAAUACAGUUUUAAUGGACAAGGAUAGAACAGAAAUUAAAGAUUCAGAAGAUAAUAUUGAAUUUGCUAAGUUGCAAUCAAUAGGCGAUACCCGCGAAAUAAAGACAAAGUUAAAUAACGUAAAAGCUGAAGAAAUAUUAUCGGAAAUAAAUAAUAAAAGAGGUUCUAAAGAAUCUACAACUAAAGAAAGAAAUACUCAAACUGCAGGAAGAAGACAUAGAACUGAAGAGAAUCAGAAUAUUCAUACAGGUUAUCAUCAACCUAGACCACUCUACUAUCGCAACGAAGAGUCACAAACAACUCAUCCCUCUAUAUUAACAGAAUUAGAUUCCCAAAGCAAGGAUUGGUAUCCUGUUAAAGAUGUUCCUCUAGGAUUGGCAGAUAAAGCUGUGCAGUCUUCAGAAUUCAAGUCGUAUCCUGUUAAAGAUACAUCUCUAGGAUCAGCAGAGAAAGCCGUGCAGUCUUCAGACGAUGGCAAGAACAAACGUCGUAAUGAUGUCAUCACCAGAGGCAAUAAUACAGUAAACACUGACUCUUUUAACGUUCAAGUUACUGAACUUGUUUCGAGCAAAAUGCAAACCUCAAAUACUGAAUCGAUGGAUGCUGAAAUAUGCUGCGCACCAUUUAAAGAUGCGUGGAAAUAUAAUCAUCUUAGUCCACGAAAAUUACCUUCAAAGUAUAUUGAAAAUGUUUACCCUAAAUCAGAAAAAUACAAACAAGAAGAUGUGUACGAAGAAACAGUAAGAGAACCAUGUUGUUGCUGCUGCUACUGCUGCUGUCAAUCAGUACGUAAUAACAGACAUUGUUCAUGUGAAGAUUGUUACGAAGAACCUCAAUAUCAUGGAGAAUCGAAUCAUAGAUGUAAAAUAUCUUCAUGCGUUACACAAUGUAGAAAAUGCUUCUGCGCAGAUAACCGUCCACAAAAACCACCAGCUGUUCCAACAUACGACGCAUCAACAUCUUCCGAUUACGACGAAGAUGAUGAUAUAGAACUAAUUGUCGAUAGAUUGGAAGAUAGUGACGGUUACUCUUCCGAAAACAGCGUAGUUGACCAAAGAGGCCUACCACACCAAAACAGCGAAGAAUACGAAGAUUUAGUGCAAGAAUUGGAAGAAAGUCUUCAAAUUAGAAGCAGGAAUAGAGUUAAAAGAGCUUUGUUGGAGUUUGAGAGAAAGAGCAGUUGCAAUAAACCGUUGGAGAAACCUAUAAUUAAUUAUGAAGAGGCGAGUGAAAGUGAAGAGCCUUUGAUUAGAAAGAUAUCAGAAUUAAGGGAGAAGAGAAAGAAAAUACACAAAUCAUUUCCAUGUAGAGGAAAAGCUUGUUGUACUUACAGACUGAAGAACGAUAAAGAACAAAAUAUUAAUCAAGUAGCAUCAUCUAAAUUUCAAGCGUGCGUCUCACGACUAUCAUCUAUCAAAAAUGAUAAACCUGUCAAAUGUCAAUCGGUACAAACGUCGAGGAAGCCCCGAUUGGCUACCACCUGGCGACAAGAUAAAGAAACUGGAGAAUGGUAUAAAAUCAACGCACCGCUGUCCAAUAUACCGAAUUUGCUUCCGUGUCAGAAAACUCCACAUUUCUGUAAUUGCGCUUUCUCUUGCUGUAGGUAUUAAAAGAACAUUGCAAGGUAUUAUUUUGCUUUAUAAAACUAGAAACAAUAAUUGAAGGGCUUACCGUAAAAAACGUGAGAAUUUACACUUUUAAAAAUGAAGGUAUUUUUAUUUCACAACAAAAAAUAAGGUUACAAAGUUACAGACGUUUUAAAAGGUUAUUUUAACCGUAUUAUUCCAAUAAGCUCUUCAAUUGUACAUUUAUGUUUAUUUUAUCCUUUAUCUGAAAAAAAUAUUAUUUUGAAUUAAAUACAAUAAAAUUGUAUGUCAAAAUCGUAAGUUAUUUUAUUUAAAAAAUUAACAAAAAUACACUGUGUGCUUAAUUGGUAGUUAGUUACAUAAGUAAAACGAUUUAAGCAUAUGUUCCAUUUUCAUUCUUCAAACCUAGUUGUCCUCUGGUUCCAUAAUUUCUUUUUACUUUGAUGCGUUUUCCAAAAGCAGAAUAGAACGUCACAGUAGAGGUAGAUUUAAAACCAGUAUUUUGAUUAAAAACCGUACAAUUUUUGUACGGUGGGCAGUAUAGAUGUAAGCUUAUUGCUGUGUCAACACUAGAAGGAUUUUCUACUCUAUGAAGACCAAUAGACAUUUAUAUAAGCAACGUCAUUAACAUUCAACUGUUUCCUUCCGAUUUCUUGUAAUCGCUCUCCUUGUUCUUUCGGCCAGGCAAAUCUGAUUUCUUCCAGCGAUCCUUGCAGCAUUUUCAUAAAGCAAUGAGAGUUUGCGUGAUCGUGAAUCGCUGAACCGUGGCCUUCACCCCAACAAAGCGUCAUCAAGUUAUAUUUUCCGUUGCCGUGGUCUACCAA